CGUUCAGUAAGUACACGGGCCGCGCCGUUUUCGACGAUGGAUCCCUCGAGCUUUUGCCCCCGGGAGGAGGAGAAUUAGGGAGGAGGGAAAAGGAAGCGAUGGAGGAGGGAGAGGAUCGAGGGAGAGGGAGGAGGGAAGAAGGAGUAAGAAGGAUCUCUUCCUCUGGAAGGCAGGCUGAUCUCAUUGCCCUUGAAUUCUUACUAACUAAGGCCACUUAGAUAAAAAUAAUUAGCCAGAUAAAUGCGAGGUGUCGCUAGGUGGCGCGCUCUGGUCGGAGGAUUUUAUUCUUGAAUCCAUCGGGUGCCAUGACUCUCUCUCCCUCUCUCUUUCUCUAUCCCCGCCUCGCCUCUCUUCUACUCGAACAUUUUCGUCCGAUGCCAUCGACCAAAUGUUUUUGCUUUGAAGUCGGGGAAGAUGAACGGGGGAACCUCCUUCUAAUUUCCACCGUCUGCAUUCUUAACAGCUGCGCGCAACACGCUUCGAUACGGCUGGCGGGAGAGGCCGUGUUUAAUUAGUAUCGUGUUUAUGCGUGUCGCUGCCCUUUUAAGUUUCCCGGGGACAAAAUUUCGAAAUCCGUCGAUCGCGCCGUUUCUAUCCGCGGAUUGGAAGAUUUCCUCGGGAAGGUCAGUGAUCGGUUGGAGCUCGAGCCGAGAGGUCCUCGUCGCGUUGUUGUGCUCGAAAUCAUGUGACUCAUCGCCGCGUGUCGCUCGUGUUUGGCCUGAUCGAAAUAUGUUGCUGCCUUCCAUUCUAUGGAUUUUAUUGAUUACGAGUCCCCGGGAUGCAAGGCUGACAUGGCAGAGGGUUCGGCCGAGGAGGAACAGAGCAGUACCGCUGCGCCCGCUUCCCCGCCAGCUGAUCUUCGCACUCUGAACACCCAAUUGUCGCCGCCUUAUCACCACCAGUCCCAUCUCCAACCUCGUCUUCAGCAUCUGCAGCAUCCCAACAUGUUGGCGACCGCCGUGCCGCCCAGGCACAGCCACAGUAUGCUGUCUCAUCAGGUGAAAACGGAAGCCGAGUUGGACGCGCCCUGUGAUGUGCCAUUGAAUCUCAAGAGCGAGCGUUGGUGGGCGGAUUUACGAGCACGACCGGCGUCGGCAUCAUCCACCGAUAGCGAUAGAAGUAGCGUUGGCAGUCCUGAACCGGUGGCGGCCACUGGCUCGCUCCAUGAGCAUCAGAUGAUGAUGGAUGAAAUGAAAAACUCGCGGAAGAAUAGCCCGUCACCUGAAAAUCUACAUCAAGCGAAACGGGCAGCGGUGGCGCAAGCACAUCUCAAUGGGACGAUGGCAGGAAUGGUGACCCUACAGAAUCUUCAGAAUUUGGCGAGUCUACAAAAUCUACCGCAAGUCGCAUCGUUGGCCGCAGGUCUCCAGGGAAUGACAGCGGGAUUGACUAACAAUCAGCUCAUCAACACACCCCUGAAUCUCACUGUCAGCUCCUCGGGUGGCACGGUACCAACAGCCUCGAACACGACAGCUGCCCCUCACCUCCUGCCACCGAGCUCGACGCCAAUGGCGACAUUACCUCAGCUAUUAUCUCAGCCGCAACCGGUCGCGAUGCCUCAAUUCAUCCUAACGUCCGGUCAAUUGGUUCAAGGCAUUCAAGGGGCUCAGCUCCUUAUCCCUACGUCGCAAGGAAUAGCCACCCAAACUAUUCUCACCAUCCCUGUCAGCCACGUCACGAAUAAUCAAAUGGUGAACUUGGCGCUCAGCAACGGGCAAGUGGUGUCUACGACCUUGGCGAACCUUCAGUCGAUCGCUCAACCGCAGAACAUGCUGAACACGCCGACCAGCAACGGUGAAUUUACAGUCCCAACAAGUCCGAGUUUAGCAUCCGGAUUAGGGUUAAAUCCGGCCGCCUUACCGCACCUUCUGAGCAACAGCUCGGCCAGCCAGCAACUUCUGAGCGCGAUGCAGCCUCAGCAACUGCUCCAGGCCGCGCAGGCGGCUCAGGCUCAAGCGGCACAAGCGGUCCAAGCUGCACAGGCCUCUCAACAACCGCUUCUGACCACCUCGCCCCAGCAGCACGGUCAUCGACACACCUCUCACAUGAAUCAUUACACGCCGACGGAGAAACAUCACAGAGAGAGGCCCGAGCAAUCGUCGCCUUUGAACGAGUCCGUGGUAUCCGCAGCCUCGGCCCUGAACAGACUGGCGGCCAGCAACGGGGAAAUAACGAUCACGACCACGCAUGGACCCAGUGGAGCUGGGGUGAAGGCGAGUGUCACGCCGAGCAGCAUGCACAAUCCUAAGAAGGAGGAGGAGGAUCUCAAUGAUUCACCUAAUCAACCGACGAUCAACGAGGCCACGAACAACGUAGUCGACGGGAUAAAUCUGGACGAGAUCAAGGAGUUCGCUAAGGUGUUCAAGUUUCGCAGAUUGUCGCUGGGUCUGACGCAGACCCAGGUGGGACAGGCCCUGAGCGUGACAGAGGGGCCAGCUUACAGCCAAAGUGCCAUAUGCAGUGCCCUGGCUACCCAGAUGUACGCUGCCUCGCAGAUUGCCUCUCAGCAGCAAGCUACAUUCGAAAAAUUGGACAUCACGCCAAAAAGUGCGCAAAAGAUUAAACCGGUCCUCGAAAGGUGGAUGAAAGAGGCUGAAGAAAGGCACAAGAGCGGGCUACAUCAGCUGACGGAUUUUAUCGGGGUGGAAACGAACAAGAAACGAAAGCGACGAACUUCGUUCACCCCCCAGGCUUUGGAAUUGUUAAACGCUCACUUCGACAGAAAUACUCAUCCUAAUGGUAACGAAAUCACGAACUUGGCGCAACGCCUCGGAUACGACAGAGAAGUGAUCAGGAUUUGGUUCUGUAACAAGAGGCAAUCCUUGAAAAACGCGGUGAGACUGAUGUCGAAGGACGUUGUGUAAAAGUGCUAGGACAAGAUUGGUCGCGAAUGGAACCAGUGAGCAAAUAUAAUUAAAAAAAAGAAUGAAAAUAAGAAGCUUUAAGGACUCGAAUUUUACGUUGCACGAGUUGAAUUCGUCGAGAUUCGAAUAGCGUUUCAUUCAUCGAUCACUUCGACGAAAUCAGGGACGGAUCGAUGAAUAAUCGCGUGAACAGGAAUUUCAAACAACGGGGGACAAAGAGAAAAAGAAGUAACAGCGAAUCUCGGCGACGCGUUAAUAAAAUAAUUCGGAGAAAUUAGCGCGUUCCGAAGGAAUCGCUUUAAAAACUCAUGCACGAUACCCGUCGAGCCAUGAAUUUUUAAAGGGGCGCUCUCGACGAUCGAUGUAAAAAAGAUCAUCAUUGUGAUUGCAGGCGUAUACGAGACCUAUUCUGUAAAUAGUUUUAACCUACGGUUAAUGUGAUGUACAGGAGUCGAGCGUUUGUAACGUUGAUAAUUGCCUUAACCGCCAUCGUCUUAUCCGAUAUUUCGUUAAACGAAGAAAAAAAAAAGUAUGGAAUCGAUUAAGAAAUUAAAAAAAAAAUUUUAUCGACCAUGAAGUCAGUGCGAUUUUCCUAUUGGCAGCCGGUAAGAAAGCGACUGACGAUAAUGUAUAUUCCUAUGGGUGAUACACGAAAUAUUAUCGAUUAAUGAUAAAACAGAAAACCUUUUAAAUUUUAAAAAGAUUAAUAAAUUCUUCGGGGAAGAAUUCGCGAAUUGAAAAAAAAUCUCGUGUAUCAUUCGUAUCGAGGACAGAACACGAUAAGACGUAAAUCAAACAACAAUUAUCAAGUCGCGUCUCGGCUCGUGAAACUAGGAUAAGUAAUUCCGUUAAGUAAUCGCACAGAUAACGCUAGUUCGUGAAACGAUCGAGAAGCUUCCAGCUACUGAGAAUCGUCUGUCAUUAUGAAAUCAACAGACGAAGCACAAAAAUCGUGGAUCGUACGAAAAGUAUCGAUGAUCGAACUUUGAAAUCGUUCGAAUGGUAUUUUUCGUACGAGAUCCCAUCGAGAACCAUGAGAUCGAGGAACGGACCAGUGUGUUCGGUCCUUUCGCACACAGGAAAGAACAUAGUUGAAGCAACGAGAACAGCAAACAGUAACAUUACCGAUAACGAACAAUAACAAACAGCAACAACAGUACCGUCACGUUCACAUGCCAUACACAGCGGGAUUCAACAAUUCAGUUGUUCACACAGGAAAUAGAAACGGAAAAGUUUUGACAGUACCGCCGCUAUCGUUUAUGACGAUCCAUCAUCCAACUCUUUUUAUUUUCAUUCUUACCGGUGAAACAACCACUCGUUUACAGGCUUCGUUAGGGAAAAAGAAAAAAAAAAAAAGAAAGAAAAGAAAGAUGUUUCAACCAUAUUGUUCUCUGGGUGUGCUCGUCUGUAUAAAUUAUACGCGUGUAUUUUAGAUAAAAAGAAAAAAAAAAAAUUGAUCGAAAGGGAAAAGCAAAAAGUCACGAGGGAAAUGAGGAUAGAGAAAACAAAGGAAGAAAAAAAAAUAUACGAAAGAAAAAUGAGAAAAAGAAGAAACUUUGUAGCGAGUAAAUUAAUGCAAUAAUGUCUUUUUGAAAGUAUAUUAUCGAUCGAUCAUAAGGAUCCUCCUAAUACCCUUUUAAAAUUCUAUUCGAACCGGAAACGAGAAAAGGGACGUUUGAAAGUGGUUUGACGUUUUUCCCCCGCAGAGAUAAACAUGGAAGAAAAAAAGUUACUAGUCCGUAAUAAUCUGCCAUAUAACGAGGUAUACGUAUUAAACAUUUACGCAUCUUUCGUUCCUAAAUGUUCGAUCUGCUUGGCCGCUGGUGAUUGUAUCGAUAUAUUUAUAUUUGGUACGCGUCCCGUCUAUUCAGCCCAGGGAAAUAUGCAAUCGAAUUACCCGCCUCAAAAUAAGGAAAAUACAAAAAAAGGAUCGAAUAAAUUCAAUUCUUCCUUUGACUGGAAAGAAAAAAAAAAAAGAAAGAAAGAAAGAAAAGAAACUGAAUCUUUGCUUCUAGUUAAAGUAAAAAUUGAACGAAUCGCUUUCAGAAGCAUCUUUUUUAAUUCUCACGAAAAAUCGAUAGAUUUUUACUGGAAGAAUGAAUCAUCAAAAUCACGAGGAUCGAUAUCAGGCGUUCAUUGGAUUCUCAAGAGCCGUAGUGAUUCGUAUAAAAGAUAAUCUUGCGGUAAAAUUUGUGCGAAGCCGACCGAAAUAGUUAUCACCGACAUAAAUUCCAUGAAAUAAACGUUAGCUGGGUAUAUACACUGUAUACAUAUAUAUACAUAUGAAUGUACGUAUUAUAUACGUGUGUAUAACACAGCCAUGAGCAGGCAACGUGCACUCUAUAACGAUACUAAUUCGAUUGCAAAUUCACCAAGCGAGGACACUGAUAAAUGCGUGCUAGUGAAUCACGCGUUCCAUAACCGUCAUUGGCGGGGAUUAAUUUCACUUCCGGUUACGCGAUUCAGGCCGCCAUUUGAAACGCGUCGUUAUUCACAAGAUGGCGGUGUUCCCCGACCGAGACGGGACGCGGUACGACCAGGGACAGGUUUUUCCAAUUUCCACGGACGAAUCUUCGUAUUUAUUAUAACGCAUCCAGAGGAAUGGUUCGUUAGUUAAAAUGAAAAAAGUAAAAAAAAAAAAAAAAAAGCGAAAAAAAAGAGGAAGAAGGAAGAGGAGGAGGAAGAAGGAAGGGAAGAGGAAGUAAAUAAAAUAAAAAAAUAAAUUAUAAUAUCAUUACAAGAAGCUUAAAAUAUCGACCAUCCACAAGGAUAAAAGUAUCACAUGUAUUCCCCGGUUAAUCGAUAUAGUGAAUAAUAGCGUUUUACUUUUGAAUGUGUUCCGCUUCAAGUGAAAGGGCUCUCUUUCUUUACGUCUAAUCUUACUGGAGGGCAGGAUAGUCGUUUUUAAAUGGAGAAAAAAAAAAUAAUAAUAUGCGGAAAAAAAGUAAUAAUAAUUAUAAAUAAUAACUGCAGAAUAGAGCGUGCGCGCGACCGAUCGACAUUGUUCUCUCUCGACGAUUUUUCCUUCCUUGCCGUAAUAAACGAUACUGUAGGCGAAACUAAACCCAUCCCAAAAAAAAAAAAAAAGUAAUAAUGGUACGACACGAUUUCUUAAAUAUCUCUCAGCUCGAGUAUAAUUAAAGAUGAGAAACAUAUACACACGUAUACACACAGACACACCGUAUGAUCGCCAAUAAAGGGAACGAAACGAAAUAAUGGGAUAUAUACAACACGUAUACACGCACAUAGAUACAUAAUAAACAUUCGCGUCAUUCAUGCAUACAGAUACACACACAUACUUCGAUACCCCGCCGUUGUAAUGGGCUAACUCACAUACGAUUAAUUAUUAAACCACGAGAUCCUUGCAAGGAGCGUAGCUAGAAGCGCGAAAGGGUAGCGAGUGUACAUAAUUAAGGCGACACCUAGGGACUGCAAUAUCGUAAGAAUCUAAAAAAAAAAAAAAAAGAAAAAAAGAGAAAAAAUGAUACGUUUAACUAACUAAAUCGUGAUCGUGAUAGCUAUGAAAUAGUUACACGAGGACAAUGACGUGACGACGACAGACAGAUAAUUUAUGUAAUGGACGGACGAAACACUAUUCGCACGGUAAAAAAAGAUGAAAAAAAAAAUAAAAAUAAAAGCGUUAAGGGGUUGGAGGGGUUGAAAAAAUGAAAAAAAAUAAAUUUGUAAGGAUAAACGCGUACGUUUAAGGUAUUUUACUCUCUAGGAUACGAUUAAAGAUACGAGCAAAGUGAUCUGUUCCUAAACGAAGCAUACAAAAAGAUGGAGGCAAUAGAAAAUAUGGAAAAUAUGGAGAAUAGUGCAAAAAAAAAGGAGGGAGAGAAAUGGAAAAAUGUAUUAUAGAAACGAAUGGAAUGGUGUACGGUUAAGGGGUGAAUUGGGGACGAUGGAGGGACGAUUCAAAAUUCAAAAUUUUGAUUAAUGGGGGACGUGUAUGUUGUUUUUUUUUUUUUUUUUUUUUUUGAUAGGAAGAUAGUGACGGAGUGCGGUGGGACAAAGAGAAAAAGAGAAAAGAAUGAAAACGUUUGUACAGAGAUAUUCCGGUUAUUAAAUUUUGUUAUACGAGGAAAAAAAAAUGGGGGAGAAUGGCGCGGUGGAUGUUGACGAGAGAAUAAAUUAAAAAGAAAAAAAAAUAAAAUUACAAACGAGAGAGUGAGGGAGAGUGUGAACGAGAGAAAUACUACUGACGAGAGAGAGAAAACAAAUUUACGAAUCAUGUGUAUUUUCUUCGUGAAAAAAAAAAUUGAUAUUCAAUAGGUCAUUACGGAAAUAUAAACAUGAGUAUUAAAGAAAAAAAAAAAACGUGAACUGUAUUCGUGAGUGUCAUAUUUCUAAGGAAGAUAGAUCCACGGGCGAAUGUUUUAUAGCAGUUUCCGGCCGAAUUUUCACAUUUCAGGUUGAAUUCAAGAAUGAAAAAAAAAAAAAAAAAAGAAAAAGAAAGAAAAACAUACACCCACACGAUAUAUCAGAAUAAAUAUAUGCAACACGAUGCAUUAGAAUAAAAAUAACCGAAUUGUGUUUUCAGGAAAAUAAGUUUAAACAAAGGAUAUAAAUCAAAGGUAAGAAAUAAAAAAUAAAAAAGAGAAAAAAGUUCGUGGCACGAAUGAAAAGAGGAAACUGCUUUUGAAACAUUGCCCAGCGAAACCAAAGUUCCUACUACGUUUUAUAAAGUAUAUAACUGAACUGCAAAACUUGAAUUGUACAUAAACGAGGGUUAAGCUAGCACACGAUCCACAAAUACAAUCAGCAAUCGAACGACGCUAAGAGACAAGAGGGAUGCAGGGUCAAUUGAUUCCACGUCACGAUUCGUUAUUAUUAAUUUAUUAUUAAUAUAAAAUUUCAACAAAUUCGAGAAGAUUACACGUAACACGUCCACGCGAUACAUUCGAGUGGAAGAAAAAAAAAAUAAUAAUAAUAAUCUUGUAAUAAACCAUCGUCUUCGCAAUUUAAAAGACGGGAGACAAUUGAUCGUGACAGCACAAUAAAUGAUGAGCAUAACGGAACACGCUACGAGAGAGGAAAACGCGUUAAUAUACACACAUAAGCCACGUAACACACAUACACACACAUACAUGUACACAUACAUAUACAAUUUAAUACAUUCACAGACAUACGCAUAUAUACAUACAUUAUUAUACAUUAUUAUACAUACACGUACACGUACAUGAGACACACGCGUACAGUGAAAAAAGGAAAUUAAAACACAUUAAGUAUACAAUUAAAUUAAGCAGCCGUAGCCUUUAGCUUGAAUGUUAGCACCUAGACACACGAUGUAACAUUAAACUACGUAUUUAAAAGGAAAAAAAUUAAAAAAAAAAAUGAAGAACAUGAAGUGGAACGGAGAAAAAAAGAAUCUUUAGCGGUUAAGCGAACUAUCUGUGUAAAAUCUAGUAGGUGUCCACAAGAAUAAAAUAAAAACAUAUAUUGUGGUACAAAUCACACAAAGAUCGUACCUUCAAGGUCCUGACUGCGCCUCCAACCGAACUCUUUCUUGUACAUAUAAUUUUUUAUAUGCCGAUCUGAUUUGUGUAUGAUUUCUAUAUAUACGAGAUAUGUAUACCGCAAUUUAUAAUAUUAUUAACACACGAUAAUCCUAUUGUCGAGCGUUUUCAAAUAAUCCGAAGAAUUAUCGCUAGUAAAAUCA